AUGAGCGGCCUGCAGCAGCGACACUCCCGGCAACCUUUGCAGGACCAGAAAUCGACCUGCCCAAACCCAGACGACGAACGGCCAUCGAGGAGGGCAAAGUUUGAAAGCAGGCUUUACAAUUUCCUCACACGUUCACGAUCGCGUUCGAGAUCAAAGCAGGACCCGUCCGACGAUACAAAACUGUCCCGCCGCCCAAGCGUCAAGAAAGAUACAACGAACAGCAUGUCAGGGACCAAGCCAGUGUCGCGGAUACCCUCUAGGCCCCUCUCAUCGACGACGGCGACAACCAACAACACCAUCACUCCGGGGACUCCCAAGCCAAAGCGAAAGCUCACCUCUGCACCUCUCCUUCCACAACCUCAGCCUUUGCAGGACGUCAGUCUGAACGGGACAUCCUCGUCACGGCCAACCACGCCGAAGCCCAAGAAGAAACUUCAGAACCUCUUUGGAAUACCUUUGGCACUUGCGAACAGAAAGUCCUCACGAUCUCGCUCGAGGUCCCGGCCAAACACCCCUGAACCUUCUUCAGACGUCCCACCAUUACCCACAACUGGGUUCAGCGACGAUUCUGCACCGAAACCGCGCCAAUCGCAUUCACCGCACUCGUCUCGACCCCAGACUCCUACUCGCUCAAGACCAUCCGAUCCUCUGUCCAACGGCAUGUCAACUGGAUCGACAUCAAAUUCACUGAAGCUCCCCAAACUCUUCUCAGGUCGAACGAUAACAUCGUCUGAAGGCAACCAACAUCGACAGCGCCCCUCUACUUCCGCGUCUGUCAACACGUCUUCAAAGCCAAAAUCUGGUAUUUCCGGACCCAUACGGAGACCAGUUUCUGCAACUCGCCGCACACUCAAACCAGACGCACCUCCGGAUCCUUCACCUCCAAAAUCGUCGAAGGCCUCAAACGGGGUCCCUCCUCGUCAACUAACCCCUCCAAAGCCCCCAACACCGCCGCCGAAGAAAGCACCUGUCAACGGAAACGCAUUAUCUUUACCUACCAAAGGUAAAGUGAUGACCCAUCACGUUCCAAAGUUCAACUCGGUGGACGGAGGAUACCGAUACCGAGGUGGAAACAUGAGCGUAGUGGAUGAAGAGGGUAGAUUGGACUUGUCAAGGACAUCUAGUCUGAAGGGCAAGAGCCGGGAGGCGGAACCAAAUGCUCACCUUCGGUCAGGAUUGAAGAAGAUGAGCAUAGACGUUCGGAAUACGAAGCAUGGGAGCUUCGACUUUGAACGACCGGGUUGGGGCGCAUCGUUGAUGCACAGGACGGGCAGCACCGGUACCAACGGUAGCCAUCAUAGCAAGAUUGGGGACCUGCUCGUCCAGGAUUUAGAGCAACGGGAGAGCACGUUUGGUCCAGGGCUGGCGGGAGUGGGGACUUUACAGAGAGACUUGUCGAUAAAGCGGUUGAAGGAUACAGAGGAAGAGAUAAAGGCGAGGGAAAGGGCGCGGAGACUGCAUGAGUACAUCCACAAGGAUAGGCUUCCUCCCAUUCCAACAAUCAAUGGUCAUGAUUCCAAAGAGGACAACCUGAAUGCCUCGACCUCCACAAGUGGAACGGCACAGACGGGGAAAUCCUCUAGUCUGAGCAAAGCGACUGGCCGGAGGGCUGCCAGCCGAACGGGUGGAAGCGGGCAUGGUUUGACCAGGUUGAUAGGGACGGCGCAGCAUCCUCCGUUCCCCUUUGAACCAGCAGUCCCAUCGCCAACGUGGAGUAUUGGAAGUAAUAGUACCGCAGUGGAGACAUCGAAGACUGACAAGGGUGCUCGGCUGAAGGAGGAUGUGAAGCGGCGGGAAGCGGAGAGGAAGUUGGUUGGGAAAGGGGAUCGGCCUCCUGUACCCGUUCCUUCUCCAUCAUCGACUGGAUACCAUCGCCCCGGGAAUAGAGGACGUUCUCUCGACCUCGGGUUAGGAUUGAACUGGGCACCUUCGACGAUCAAAGAAGCAGCUCUCCUACCCUCUUCAACCCUCUUCACUCGGACGGCAAGUUCCUCUACCACUCGUUCAACAUCAGGCCAAUCAGUCGUAGGAAGGAGCGCGUCGUCUUCUACGAAUGGCCAGGGAAGUGGUCGGUCACAAAGGUCUCCGUUGCAGGACGUGGAGGAGGAUGGAGGAAGGUCGCAACUGGGCAAAGAAGUAGCGGAGUUGUUCAGAAAUGUACUAGACGAUAGGGGUUACAACACGUUCAAAUCUUAUGUCCGUCGAUUCGACGCCGGCGAGAUAGAAUUCGAUGGUCGGAAUGGAAUCGUCGAGCGUGUGGAGCGCUUGUUGACCGACGCGCCUUCAGUGAGCUCCCAAGAUAAACGGCUCAUUCUGGAAAAGUUCGUUCGCAUUAUCCUGCAGAAUGCAUGA